GGGGCCGCGUGAGGUGACACCCUUGUUCAGAGGGACAUCGCCCGUCGGAGCCGCUCCGGGCCGCAGCGCAGCCGCCCCGCCCCCCGGUGCUGCCCCGAUGGCGGCGGCGGUGCGUCCGGGCAGCCAGCGGCGGAGCUGAGCUGGGAAAUCCUUGUUCAAACCAUCCUCUUCUCAGUUGUAUUUUUGUGGGACCGCUGCUUUGCUCACUCCCUGGAGAAGUGCCUCUUGCAUCCAGGGCUCUCAUCCUGGUGCCCUGUGGUGGCCCAUCAGCAGCGUCCCUCUGUGCUGCUCUGGCUGUCAGAAGGACAGUUUUCUCCUCUAGGUCAGCACUGAAGCAAAUCCCGGCUAUCAUCAUGGGAGCUGUCUGGCUGGUUGGACUGAUGGGGCUUAUGUACAUCUGGUUUCCCAAAGUUUCUGCCCAGAGUCCCAUAAAAAGCCCCAGGGACCAGAAAACAGAGCACACCCUCUUGAUCAAUGAAAUCAACGCUGACACCCCAGGAGAGGACACUUCUGAGUUUGUGGAGCUCUAUCACACCAGUGGUCAAACAGCCCCUUUGGAUGGCUACUACCUGGUUUUCUACAAUGGCAAUGGAAACCAAGCCUACAAAGUUCUGAACCUCCAAGGCAAGGCUACUAACAGCCGAGGGUUCUUCCUUGUUGGCUCUGCCUCUGUGAAGCCAGCAAUAGUUAUUCCUAAGAACACCAUCCAGAACGGCCCUGACGCCAUCGCUGUGUAUUAUGGAAAAGGGAGCUACAAGGAAGGCAUGAGCGUCACAGGUAAAGGACUGGUGGAUGCCUUGGUGCAUAAGACGAAGAAGACAGACAGAGCAGAUACGCUGCUGGGGGUGCUGACCCCCGGCAGAGAUGCUUUGCUGGAGGACUCCACCUUCAGGUCUAUGGACGAGUCAAUCGAAAGGUGCCUUGGGGCGGACGCUCAGUGGUUCUUCCAGGUGGCCGUGCCGAGCCCAGGCACAGAUAACCACUGCGUCCUCACUCCUCAGCUGAACGCAUCCGCCGUCCUGAUCAGUGAGGUCCACGUUGCCUCUUCUUUGGAAGAUUCUGAGUUCAUCGAGCUCCAGGGUCCCCACUCCACCGUGCUGAGGGACGUCGUCCUGGUGCUGAUUGAUGGUCGGACCAAAGACAUUUAUUUCACUAUGGAUGUUUAUGGCAAGACUUCAUUGGAUGGGCUUCUCCUGAUUGGCCCGGCACAAAGUGAAAUCUCGGUGGACUUGGCAUUCCCAGAGAACUCCACUCAUCCUGUCCUCAGGGAUGGCCCCAAUGCCAUUGCUCUCUACAGAGGCAACAGCAGCAGCUUUGCUCCAGGGAAAGCAGUGACAACAGCUGGCCUGCUGGAUGCUUUCGUCUAUACGAGCACUGAGGGACCGAGCCCUGAGCUGCUGGACACCCUGACACCAGGCAGACCUGCCUAUAGGAGCGUGAGGCACCAGCUUGGAGAUGUGUCCAUGAGCCAGUGCAACUGCUGCUCAGUGACUCGUGACUCCUUGUCCUAUAUCCUCAGCAGACCCACCCCUGGCACAUUCAAUGAUUGCCCCAGCAGACGCUUCAGUCAGACUGUUUCCUUCUGCCUUCGUGUAGCAGAAUGCCAGGAGUGGCUCCCAAAGUCAGAAGAGAUCCUGGUGACUCUGGUGCAGGCCCUUGACAGAUCCUGCAGUUGUGGAGUUUUUCCAGCCUACUUCAAAGAUCUAAAGGCAGCCUGCCAGGACCAGGGGCUUGUGUUCACCACCCUGCUCACUGCAAAGUCAGAAGCCCAGCUGAGCAGCCUGCUGCUUGCCUUCCAGACCUUCCUGGAGAGCCCCAGGGCUGUGAGUUUUGACGAAAGGAAUAUCACAGCAGAAAGCUCCUGCUUCAAGGAUAUUCCUGUGCCAGACUUGACCCCAGGCGCCCCAUCAGCGAUACCAAAAGGAACAGCAGAGCCCUCGAGACAAGCAGGCAAACUACUUAUCAACGAGGUGAACCCAGACAACCCAGGGGGAAAAGAAGACACGGAGUACAUUGAACUCUUCUACACUGGACAAACAUCCUUUGACCUCCAGGGAUACUGGUUGGUCCUCUACAAUGGCAAGACAGGACGGGCCUACCGGGUGCUGGAGCUGUCUGGACACCGCACAGACAGUCUGGGUUUCUUCCUGGUGGGAAGCAGCGCUGUGCGCCCGGCACCCAUGGUCAGGCUGCCCCCAAACACCAUCCAGAAUGGGGCUGAUGCUGUGGCUCUCUACUACAGCAGCAGCGCGCGCUACGUGCUGAACAUGGCUGUGACUGCCAAGGGGCUGGUGGACGCCGUGGUGUACACAUCCCGAGGGCCAGAGAAGGCAGAGCAGCUGCUCAAGGUGCUGGUGCCAGGGCAGGGCAUCCUGUAUGAAAAUGACUCACACAGCACAGAGGAUGAGUCCCUGAGCCGCUGCCACAGCCUGAGUGCUAGACAGCAGAGCAGCUUCCAGGUGACUGUGAUGACACCGCUCAAGGAGAAUGCCUGCAGCAGCCCCUCUGCACCAUCCACAGCCACCAUCCGCAUCAACGAGCUGGGCAUGGCGGGCGGUGGAACCGUCCACUUCGUGGAGCUGGAAGGGCAGCCAGGGGCCAGCCUAGCUGGGCUCAGCCUGCUUGUCUUCAAGGGCCAGGAGGGCAAAGUGCAACGCAGCAUCACACUGAGAGGCAGCAUUGGGGCAUCAGGGCUGCUACUGCUGGGCAGUGAGCACGGUGGGACGGAGUUGGCAUUUGAGGACAUCUCUGCUGCUAGUGAAGGCAUCAGCGCUAUUGCUCUGUACAGCACCAGUUUGGUUCCUGGUGGCAUGAAGGCAACAUCAGAGAACCUAGUGGAUGCUGUGGUGUUCACGUGCGGGCCGAGCACAGUGGGAGGACACCUGGACAUUCUUGGCCCGCUGUAUGCUGUGCCCUGCGGUUAUGACAGGUCCGUGUCCUUGAGCCGCUGCCCCUCCAGUGAUGCCAGCACAGAGCUGCAGUUUGCCAUCUCGGAGCCAACCCCUGGUCUGCAGAACAGCUGUCCUCAGGGCACCUUUGCCGUGGGUCUGGACCUGUGCUUCCUGAUACCCAAUUGCUCUGUGUGGAUCCUGAACCAUGAGAGGAUGCUGGAAAGCUUGAGGAAGGCCUUGGUGAGCUCUCUGGAGGAGAAAUGCUCCUGUGGAGUCUCUGAGCUCUACCUGCAAGAGCUGAACCUGACGUGUGUAGACUCUGUGGUGAAGAUCUCAGGUCGGAUGCAUGUUCCACUGCCAGAGCAGCAGCAGCCCGUGGAGAGCUGGCGCAAGGACCUCCUGGCCAGUCCCCACCGUUUUUCUGUGGAUGGAAGAGAGUUGGAAACCAGCCUCGAGUGUACGGCCCAAAGAAGCACGCCGGUGUCAUCGCAGAGCAGUUCCUCCCUCCACAGCUGGGAGAUCGCCCUGUUUGUCGUGGGAGCUCUGCUGCUCGCGCUCUUGCUGGUGGGCCUGGCGUUGCACUUCAUCAAAAGACGUUUCCAAAAUUACACCAACAUUGAAUUGAACGACUGCACUGAGAUGGCAGCAGACUUCUAAUGCUCCCAGGUACACCUACAGUGGCACAGCCACCACCACCAAGGCCAGGCUUGUGUCUGCAGGUGGCAGACAAGCUGUCCAGCUCCCUCUUCCUCCAGGACCUGCAAAAUCCCAUGUGUGCAAAAUCCCAUAUGAAUAUGUGGGUACAUAUACAGGUGUAUACACACACACACAUACAUACACAACAUGCCUGAACUAUUUUUACACUUCUAAUUUUUUACCUCAAACUAAAGGAGUUGAAAGAAACAAGCAAAUUUUGUGCUGUGAUGACCAGAAGGAAACCCCCUUGGCUCAUGCACAGCCCUACAGCAGUGAAAGUCUUUCAGCCUCCCCUGAUCCCCUCUUGUCCAGGCAAGGGAGUUCAGAGCAUCAUGCCUCUGAAACCCAUGCUGUAGCAGUUCUGUAGCACCAACAGCUGGGGCCACCAGACUUUCUCUGCAGAUAAUCCAUGUAGCCUUUAGGCAGCAGCCACAGACUCUGAAGCAUAAGCUUCAUGACUUUGUCCUCCUGUGGUGCCAGCUCACCCUGCUGUCAGUGCAGCCGUGCUAGAACACCCUGCCUUCACGAAAGGUCAGAGGAACUCCAUCCUGAACUGGCACUGUGGGUGAGGGCUUAGCCGUGCUGCUGAAUGGAUGCAGGGCUGGUUGGUUGGCACAGCAUCAUGGUUCAUGUGGAGCUGAGCUGCUGCAGCAUCAUCAGCAUUUCCUGCUGGAGCCGCUGCUGAUAUUCCUGCUGGUGCUCCAGGUGGCACUGCCUCUCCAGCUCUGUGUGCGGUGCCUGCCUCAGCUCCUGGAUCUCCGUGUGCAGCAUUCAGCUACUCAGCAAUGGCAUGGGAGUCAGGAGCAGCAGGAAGUGCUGCUCCACCUCAAGAGGGAUCUUAAUUUCUAGGGCUUGUGGGAUUGGGCAGGGCAGUCUGAGCGCUGGCAUCUUUGACCUGAAACAGCAGGAGGCAUGAGAGAAGUGAAAAAUCACCAGCUGCUCCUUCAGUGAGGUCUGGCACUUUCUUCCCCCAUGCUUCUCCCAGCCUGGUCUGGACCAAGAUACAGCAGGGCACCAUGCAGGACUACUCCUGUAGGCACCACAGUGCCUGCUCCAGCUGGAGCUAACAGGUCCUCUGGAACCUGCUCUGUCACCCAGCAUCCUGCCUUUUCUGCUGAAGAGCCCUGUCUAGAAGCAUUGUCUUUACCACCAGGGGUGAGCUCCUGGCAGGGGGCACAACCAGCCUCACCAAGAUGGGUGGCAUCUCUAUGGGGGCAGCUUGGUCCCUAGUGUCAGCAGCUCUGUGGAGCCGUGGGGGCAUUGUCACCUGCAAGGGGCAGA